ACAGGAGAUCCCAGAGUCAAGUGUCUGACCUACUUCAUUCAUUUAAUUCUCUCAACCACCAAAAAUUUGCAUUCAAGAAUUUCAUUUCUUUCAUAAAAACAGUAAAACGCAUACAUCUUCUUCAUUCUUGAUUACAGGUUCUUGAAAAUCUUUAUGGGUUUAUCGCUUUCUUUACUUCACUCAGCCUGGGAAGAAAUCGUCCGACACAGCCUUUUUCAGUUAGCAUACAACACUUGUUUAAGCCCUAAACAUGUCGUCGGAGUUCCCUUAAGAACAAACAGCUUCAAGAAAAUUGGCACAGAACUUGGAAUGACCAAUUCAACAACGACAAGAAGAAGCAAAAACUCGAUUAACUUAAAGAAUUGCAAGCCUCAAAAUGUCAUGCUCGACAGGAAUUUGUCGUUCAGAGAUCUAGUACAAGAUAAUGGUUUUCAAAAAGACGGUUCGAUACGAAAGCCGAUAAAGACGGCGGUUUCGCUACCGGAACCGGCCAUUUUGUUCUCUCCGAGACCGGUCAGUGAGCUUGAUGCUGCUGCUGUUAAGCUUCAGAAGGUUUAUAAGAGUUAUAGGACUAGAAGAAAUCUUGCAGAUUGUGCUGUUGUUGUUGAGGAGCUCUGGUGGAAGGCGUUAGAUUUUGCAGCUUUGAAGAGGAGUUCAGUGUCGUUUUUUAAUCUUGAUAAACCUGAAACUGCCGUUUCAAGGUGGGCAAGGGCUAGAACUAGAGCGGCUAAAGUUGGUAAAGGUUUAUCUAAAGAUGAGAAAGCUCAAAAAUUAGCCUUACAACACUGGCUUGAAGCUAUUGAUCCUAGACAUAGGUACGGUCACAAUUUGCACUUGUACUAUGAUGUUUGGUUCAGAAGUGAGAGCACUCAACCUUUCUUCUACUGGUUGGAUGUCGGCGAUGGCAAAGAAGUAAAUCUUGAGAAAUGUCCAAGAACUACUCUUCAACGCCAAUGCAUCAAAUAUCUUGGACCAAAAGAAAGAGAAGCAUAUGAAGUAAUAGUUGAAAAUGGGAAGCUUAUUUACAAACAGAGUGGAGACCCUGUGGAAACAAUUGAAGGAUCAAAAUGGAUAUUUGUACUUAGCACAACAAGAGGUUUAUAUGUUGGCCAAAAGAAAAAGGGUGUGUUUCAGCACUCUAGCUUUUUAUCCGGUGGCGCCACCACGGCGGCCGGAAGAUUAGUUGCUCAUAAUGGCGUUCUUGAGGCUAUUUGGCCUUACAGUGGUCAUUAUCACCCAACUGAAGAGAAUUUCAGGGAAUUUAUCAGCUUUCUUAAAGAACACAAUGUUGAUCUCACCAAUGUUAAGAGAUUUGCAAUUGAUGAUGACACUUAUUCAUCUGUUAUACCUCAAGAGGAACAUAUCACAACUGUGGGUUCAACUGACACGCGUCAAUCCAUUACUGCAAACAAUUCUGAUGCAGAUUUAUCCAGCAAGGAUAAACCAAUCACAACCGUUGAUAAAAAUCCACAACAAGAAGAGAACAUCAAACUUAAGAAUGAGAAUGUGAAGGCAAAUAUAUUUGAGUGGAGGCCUGAACAUUUAAGCUGCCUAUGGACCACAGGAGCAGGACCCAGGAUUGGGUGCGUACGAGACUACCCUAUUGAGCUGCAAUCAAGGGCAUUAGAGCAGGUUAACCUAUCUCCUCGAGUGCCACCUGGCUCUUUAAGCAACUACGGUCCGGUUCCUUCUCCAAGACCUAGCCCACAAGUUAGGGUUUCACCUAGACUUGCAUACAUGGGAAUCCCUAGUCCAAGAACCCCAAUCUCUGUCUCUAACUAGAGUUAACCAGUUUGAACCAGUUACAGUUUAAGGUUAGGACAGAACAGGUUAAGAUUGCACUACUUGUGCUUAUAGGUUCAAUAAGGAUGGGUUUAAGGGGCUAACCCAAACCCAAACUCAGAUUAGUUUGAUAUUUUGAUUCAUUCUUUUAGGAUAGAAAUUGAUUUCCAUUUAUGUUAUUUAUUGCUUCAUUCUUUUGAAAUGGCUUAACUAAGCCUUUUUUAGAUUAUUUUUCCAUUGACCCGAAUCUGGCCCUGUUUUAUUGUUGGGUUUUGUACAUGUUUAUGAUGUAUACAAUAAAGUUUCAGACUGUAUUAUUUCACCUUUAAUGAAACGUACAGUUUUUUUGA